AUGUCGAGCAUGGCCGAAUCUCAAUCUGAUCAAAGCGAAAAUGAACGGCCAGACGACAGAUCCCAGAGUGAAGAUGAUUCAAAUGACGACAACGAGUCCAGCGAUGAAAGCUCUGAUGAUUCCGACGGCGGAGGAUUGCUCGACACUAUGGCCGCUGACGGCAGCGAUACAGAAUCCAGUGACGACGAAGAUGAGUACCAAAGUCACUUCAAAUCAGAUUCAACCGACCAUUACUUUCCGCAAUUUUGUCGGCUACCCAUAGAGUUGCGCAAUCGCAUCUGGGAAUUGUUCUGUCCCGAACUGCGCGCUCGCUAUCGUGUUCUUGACUUCGUUAUUUCCUGGGGAUCUUCAAGAUAUACCGAGUCUGACCGUGAUUUCGCAUGGACCGUCAGGGAUGGCCUUGCGCUAGACGAUCAAACGAAAAACCUGCGCGCAGUCUUUGCAGUCCACCAAGAAUCUCGCGCCUUUGCGACAAACGCUUUUCCCCACUCCCUCAGCAUAGAGGGAGGCUCUGGAGACGCCACUGUUCGGUUCAACCAGAAGUCGGAUGUUGUUCUUGUCAACAGCCUCAACCAUACUUCUGGAAAGCAGAUUUUUUACCUACCCGACUUUGCGAGCGAAGUAAAAAACCUUGCAUUUGGCGGGCCUGCUAUCCUUGACAAUCUCAUGAAUUUCAGUAUGGCUAAACUAUUGGAGGAGUUUACACAAUUCGAAUCAUUCUACGUCAGCGUCUCCAGCACGGAUUGUCAAAAGUCGACCCUGCAUUGGUGCACGUCCGAUUUAGUCAAUCACUACCGAACAGAAACAUACGAAAAACAACCUGGCCUGGGAGAAGAUUUGCAGUUCCUGUGGUGCUGGCCCGAUUUGGAGCGACACCCAGACUUUGCGAAAUAUCAGAUCAACAGAGACACAUGGGACAAUCUACCAAAUCCCAUCAACAACAUUCUGGAGAAAAGAGGGAUCAAGGCUUGGCCAAUGGUUGCUUUUGAGUAUGAGAGUGGACUGCGAAAAUUCGAGUUGUUACAAACCCUUGGACCUGACUUUGGCGACGACAGCGACAGUUCGGAUGAGGAAUACAAUGAUGACGACGACAAUGGGCCGGAUUUAGACCAAUACGAAAGCGAUGGAAUUGACGACGACGAGAUCAUCGAGACGUAUGAAGAUUCAGAUGAUGACGGCAUCUCAUUAGCCAGCGGAUCACCAGAGCCUGCUCGACAGCUCCACCAGAUUUCCGACGACGAGGACGAUGACGAUGGUGUGGGGGCCAACUUUUCCGAACCGGAACCCGAGCCUGAGUCUGCACCUGUGCAGCGUGGUCGUAAACGUCGCGUGGUCUCAGAUUCAGAUGACGAGGAGGAGGAAGAUGUCCAGCCUUUAACAAAACGUGCCAGGGUUGUCAUUGAGUCCGACGACGAAGAUGAUGAACCACAAGUUUCUCAGCCAGAGCGAAGCCAAAAGCGGGCAAGGACAUUGGUAUCUGAUGAUGAAGACGACGAUGAACAAGGUGGCGUCUCGAGACAAGACUCGGACAAUGGAGAUUCCUCCAGCAGCGAAGAAGAAAGCGAAGAUUCGGAUGAAGAAGACGCGCCGCCUGCAAAGCUUUCUUUAGCAGAGCGUCUACGUCUCCACCGCGAAGAGAAUCCUGUUGAUAAUGAGGAUUCGGAUGAUGCAAGCAGCAGGACUGCAGAUGUGGACAGCGAAGAGGAUGAAGAGGAUGAUGACGAGGAGCGCAAUCCAUUCAUGAUGGGCAUGGCUGAUGAGUCUGAUGGCGAAGGAGAAGAUUAUGACGAGGACGAUUACUGA